AUGGCUCUUUCAAUUGUUAAUAGUAUACCUAAAAAUAACUUUAGAAAUAUUUUAAGUAAAUCAAGAAUACUGUCUUUUUCUAAUAGUUCCAAAGUUUUGGCCUCAACUUCGGUAAAAGACAUAACGGGAAGAAAUGUUGUAUUCAUUGAUGGUGUUAGAACUCCAUUCUUGGUGUCUGGAACAGAUUAUUCAAAGAGCCUUGUUCGAAAAACAGGCAUUCCUAAAGAAGAAAUACAAUAUGUUGUUUAUGGUACAGUUAUUCAAGAAGUCAAAACCAGCAACAUCGCAAGAGAUGCUGCAGUGUGUGCUGGUUAUUCCAACAAAAUACCUGCUCACACUGUUACACAGGCUUGUAUCAGUUCCAAUCAAGCAAUCACAACAGCAAUGGGAAUGAUAGCAUGUAAUGCUUAUGACACUGUUGUUUGCGGUGGAGUAGAAACCAUGUCUGACGUUCCAAUAAGACAUUCUCGAAACAUGAGAUCAACUUUUCUUAAAUUGAAUAAGGCAAAAACACCACAACAAAAAUUAGGAUUGCUUCUUAAAAUUAAACCACAAGAUUUUAUACCCGAAGCUCCUGCUGUAGCCGAAUUCACUUCUGGGGAAACAAUGGGACACUCUGCUGAUAGAUUGGCAGCUGCUUUUAAAAUAACCAGAGAAGAACAGGAUGAAUAUGCAUUGAGAAGUCAUACUUUGGCUGCUCAAGCUCAAGAAAAAGGUCUGCUCUCCGAUGUAGUUCCUUUCAUAGUUCCUGACACUGGAAAAGUUAUAGAAAAAGACAAUGGCAUCAGGGUAUCGACAAAAGAGCAAAUUUCUAAAUUAAAACCUGCAUUCGUUAAACCAUACGGAACAGUAACGGCUGCUAACGCUUCAUUUUUAACUGAUGGAGCUUCAGCAUCCCUGAUCAUGUCUGAAAAAAAAGCUAAAGAACUCGGUCUAAAACCAAAAGUCUAUCUAAAAAAUUUUGUAUACAAAUCACAAGAUCCUGUAGACCAAUUAUUACUCUCUCCGGCCGAAUGCAUUGCUAGUAUUUUAAAGACAUCAGGAUUAGAAAUGAAAGAUAUUGAUGUUUGGGAAGUUCACGAAGCUUUUGCGGGUCAAAUAUUAGCCAAUUUAAAAGCCAUGGACUCGGAUUGGUAUUGUCAAACUCAUCUUAACUUGCCGGGAAAAAUAGGAGUUCCAGAACUGAGUAAAUUUAAUUCUUGGGGUGGAUCGUUAAGCAUAGGGCAUCCAUUUGCAGCCACUGGCGUUCGAUUGGUUUCUCAUUGUGCCAAUCGAUUGAUUAAGGAAAAUGGAAAAUAUGCCGUGUUAUCAGCUUGUGCAGCUGGAGGUCAAGGUGUAGCCAUGCUAAUAGAAAGACAUCCUGAUGCUAAAAUUUAA